AUGGCCAGUCCGAUGGAGGACACGGACAUGGAGAGGCACGGGGUGCACUUUGCUUCCCGUGACGUCGAGAUUGCACCUGAUGAGAGGGAGCCCGAGCCGAGUCUGGAACCCGUGCAGACCAUUACUGGGGUGGGCGAUCAGAGGGAGGAUUUGAAUGAUCAGGCGAAGCAGGAGCUGCAGCAGUUGAAGACGACGUUGAAGAACAGUAUGCAGUCGGCUAGGGCGCAGCAUCAUGCGUUUGAGCCCGUGUCGUUGCCCGGGUCGCAGCCGGCGUCGAGGAUGCAUUCGGGCACGACGACACCUAGUAGAAGACACCUCCCAGCUGGCUCCGCUGAACCUUCGCCGAAGACUUCACCUCCUGCGACAGCCGUACACUCACCACCCCUCACACCGGCAGCGACGAAGUCGAGAGAUGGAAAGGCGUCUGUGGGUGCGAUACCUGGGUACGCACGCCCAGGAGCAGAGGUCAUGACUCCACAGCGGUCGGCAUCACCACAGCGAGGGGAGAAGCCGGUCGAUAAAGCGGCGAUAUCCAGCCACCCACGACAACAGCCCAUCUUCUCCAUUGGCUCAGGCGGCGAUUCACAGCCAGCAUCUAAAGAUCAAAGUCCUGCUGGGACACCUGCGAGCACUGCACCUGGCACACCACGACCCAAGACACCCGCAGAAGCUGCACCGAGGAAAGGCUCGGGCGUGCGGCAGACACAGUCUGAUGACUCGCAGUUCCGCUUUGGCAACAGAGACCCUGCAAUAGGCUUCUCGAGCUCCGGACAAGCCAACAUCUCCUCCCCUCUUCCGAGUAAUGCUCCCACCUUACCACGCUCGAACGCAAGUGGGACGAGUUUGUCGAAUUUCGACAACAAGCGGUCAAGCUUAUUUGGUGGUGCGAAGAAGGAGCAUGAUGAUAGCUCGUCCAAGCUUGGCGAUAAGGAGAAGGACAAGGAGAGCUCGCACAGCUCGUCAAAGUCGAACCUGAAGCGCUUCUUCAAAAUUGGGGACAGACAUCACCACCGGGAGAAGUCGCAGCGGUCGAACGGCGACCACCGCGAUGGAACAAGAACACCAGAGCGAGAAUCGCUAUCCGGACCUAGUGUGCCUUUCGCCGACGACCACGGCCUACAGUCGAAAUAUGGCAAAUUCGGGAAGAUGCUGGGCUCCGGCGCUGGUGGGUCGGUGCGGUUGAUGAAACGGACCGGAGACGGUACGGUGUUUGCAGUCAAGCAGUUUCGCGACCGUCAUCCCUAUGAGAAUGAGAAAGAAUACAACAAAAAGGUCACGGCUGAGUUCUGCAUCGGCUCGACGCUGCACCACGGCAACAUCAUCGAGACGAUCGACAUUGUGCAGGAGAAGGGCAAGUGGUACGAGGUGAUGGAGUAUGCGCCGUUCGAUCUCUUCGCCACCGUCAUGACCGGUAAGAUGGGACGGGAGGAGGUUACGUGCACCACGAUGCAGAUUCUGGCUGGAGUGCUGUAUUUCCACAGUAUGGGACUGGCGCAUCGAGAUCUGAAGCUGGAUAAUGUCGUGAUCAACGAGCAUGGGAUUAUGAAGUUGAUUGAUUUCGGCAGCGCGGUGGUGUUUAGAUAUCCGUUUGAGAACGAGGUGGUGAUGGCGACGGGCGUCGUCGGCUCCGACCCCUACCUCGCGCCAGAAGUCUACGAUCAAGCUAAGUACGAUCCACGAAUGGCCGACAUCUGGUCCAUCGCCAUCAUCUUCUGCUGCAUGACGCUGCGGCGCUUCCCCUGGAAAGCUCCCCGGUUGUCGGAUAACUCAUACCGUCUCUUCAUCUCCCCGCCCGACCCGGAACAGGACCGCUAUCUCGACGCCCAGCGCCGCAGCUCUAAUAGAGGCUCGGUGGCUUCCGUCGAUGGAAGGGGCGUGCAAUCCGAACCCGCGUCGCGAAACGCCACCGGCAACGGCGCCGAAACCGACGGAGACCACAAACACCAUCACCACCACCAACACAACCCCUCCACCGCCGACAAAUCCGACUCCGUCUCCCGCCAAUCCACCACCAGCAGCGACCAACCCACCAUCAAAGGCCCGCUUCGUCUCCUCCGCCUCUUACCGCGCGAGAGCCGCCACAUCAUCGGUCGCAUGCUCGAGCUCGACCCGAAGAAACGCGCGGAUAUGGAUGAGAUUUUGGCGGAUCCUUGGGUGCAGAAUUCUUUGGUGUGCAGGCAGGAGGAGAAUGGGGUGGUGGUUAAGGCGCCGGGGCAUACGCAUGUGUUGCAGCCGAGUAAUGCUGGGAAGUAG